GCCCGGACGCAGCCAUGUCACCGAGGAAAGCCCCACGGAGCGAAUGGGUCUGCCGGGUAAUCACACUACACCGGCGCACAUGUUGCUGGACGAGUGGCUGCAAAUGAGUAUCUUCUGUGUAGGUGUCCCGUACCUCAGAAGCCUGGUAGACAAAGGCCUUGGAGUCUCCGACUACCCGAUGCAGCUUGAGCAAGACCGCGGACUACUGCGCAUCUGGGGUAUCGGGGAGGGCCGAGACUCGGAUGACGGGGCUCAAGGCCCUGGAAGCCCAGAGAGCAGUACCGAUUCGGAAGCGCCUUCACCAGCACCCGUCAGAGAAGGCCUUUGGGGCUAUCCAUCUUCCGAGGUCCUAGCUGGAACGAGAGUACCGGGUAGCACCCCUCGAGAAUACUUCCUGCCUAAGCCGCGGCAGGAGAACGGGCUUGGCGCAGAUGGUCGACCCGACUUUCGACGCCAUGUCAUGUUCGACCUACUCCGGUCGUACAUGGAGAUCAUGCACAUUUUCCAUCCUUUCAUGAACGAGAACGGACUAAGACGUAUGUUCAAUGACUUCAGUGAUCAGUACAGUCCUGAUGCGACGCCUUUGAACGCCCACUCGCCUGCUCUUGUUCACGGAGUGAAGCGAAAGCGGUCGGAGAGUAACCUUGAAGGACUCCCUUCGCGUCGGGGUGAGAUUGAACGAUCAUUGUGCAACGCGAUUAUACUGCUCGUUCUUGCUUUGGGCAAAGUGUGCUCGUAUAAAGACCCUUUGCCUGCGCCACAGGAUGACCCACAUCCUCACGUCCGAAGCGAACGGGGUUACAUUCGAGAUUCUCCCCCUCCCAAAGGUAGUUUCAGCAAUUUCAACAGCAACAUCUCUGACGAGAACUGUCCGAAGAACAUUGACCUGCUACCUGGGUUGGCUUACUAUGCCUACGCCACCGAUAUCCUUGGAAACCAACAGGGCGGUAACACUGUUGCGCAUGCGCAGGCUAUGCUGCUGGCUGCGCUGUUCUUCAGUCAGUAUGCACGAGUACUGGAGAGUUGGAGCUGGAUUAGUAACGCUUGCCGGGUUGUCCUGGUCCUCAUCAAAGCCGACUACACUAAACUGCUCCGUGUGAACAGCGAAAGAAGACCUACCUGGAGCUCUGAGGAGCGCUACCGAAUCAACAGCAUCCUUUAUGUCUACUGGACGGCUCUGCAGCUGGAGUCCGAUCUUCUAGCAGAGAUGAGCACUCUGCCGCCUUCCGGCAUCUCUCGAUAUCAGAGCGAGAUCAUGUAUCCCGAAGGCGUCAACGAGAACCGGUCUCAGGACGAGGUCAGUAAUCCCGUUCGGCAGAAUGACGGAGUCAGCGCCGGCUUCAGAGAAGGUUUGAUCAUGAAGCUGUAUUCUUCGCAGAGCUUCCUACGCGUUGUCCUUAACGCAGCACACGACGCCUUGUACAGUCCCGGUCGCUGCAUAGACUUUGGUCCUACUAGCUUCAACGAAGUUGCUAACCACGCACGUACCCACAUGGAGACACUCGAGGGCUGGAGGAAACUGCUUACACCGGAACUGGUGUGGUCGGACGACGACUACCCCUCGACUGAUCUCAACAUCGCUCGUGUACGCGCCAAAUACUAUGGCGGUCUAUACAUGAUGCUGCGACCCUACCUCAGAAUUGCGAUCCACACACUCAAUUUCUCACCUCCGCCUUCUAGCACGACUGGCGUUACGCAGCACAGUUUGCCGUCGCGCUAUGGAAGUGCAGCUCCAAACAGAAAUGUGCAGAUGGUUGACCUGAACGAAGACCAGCGCAAGGUCAUCGGGAUCGUGUGCCGAUGUAUCGACGCCGCUAUCCGGAGUACCAUCGCAUUUGAUCGUGUAGGCGAAGAGCCUGGUAGCCAAUACCAAUACUUCCAGCUUGCGCGCAGGAAGAGGCUGAUCGUGACUAACAUUUUCGGUACACUGCACGCACAAUUCGGCAACAUGCUCGUCCUCGCCUCAGUAUACAAGUCCAAACUAUACCCCCUCCUUCCCAGCGACACAUGGCUCACGAGAGCCAACCUGGCCGCCCUUUUCAAACGUACCAUCGCGGUCAUCAGCGAGGAAGCGCAAAACUCGCCGAUUCUACGUAUGGAUCUCGAAAUUCUCAGGAGCAUCCAGAAACAACAGGGGCUCGAAUAA